GUCCAUCUGCCCUUGGGGGUGGUUUAUUCAGGUUGACGGCAAGCCCCUUCCCCACGCCCCGGGAACGUUGGUAUCUCCCUUGCCUUCUGCUGUGACAAGGUGUCCGGGGUCCCUCUGUACGCUUCCUGCCCUAGAUCUGGUUUCCGCCAUUUCUCCAAGGACCCCUGAUGUUUAGAGACCGCAGUCUGGGUGCUGGAGGUGCUUGGGGUCUGCUGUUUCUAGGUCUCUUGGGUGGACAGAGCUGGGAAGUAUGCCUUAUUUAAAGAUAAAACCCAUCAUGAGAGUAUAUCGCUGGAACAAGUUUGGGGCUACUGGGCCCUGACCCCGUCUGUCUGCGUGCCUGUGUCUCCUCCCGCCCACCCCCAAAUCCUAGUAAGGUCCCACCGUGACGUGGUUGUUCCUUUGAUCUGCCCCACAGGACACAGAGCAGGAGGACAGGACCGACACCACUGCGCCCGCCAUGUAAUCACCAGAAAACGUUUGAUUGUAGUUCUUUUGUCCUCAGGGUACGGGCCGUGUAACCCACUAGGAACGUGCAGUCACAUUUCUGCGUUUAAAGUCACUGGGAGUAGUUCCCAUCCGUGUGGCUCUGCCGACAACGGGAUAUACAGUUAGACGGAUGUGCUUCGUUUCACUUUCCAUUUCUAGAAAUUGCUUUCUCUCAUUGUUUUCUUCUGUAAAUAUGUACAAGUUUCCACGUCAGAUCCACACAGCAAGGUACAUUCCCCUACUCUCUCCUUCCCCCAGAGGUAACCUUUAUUAGUGUUUGUCCUUUCAUUUUCAAAUAAAAAUUAUAAAUGAAUAUGUAGAUAUAUGUAUCUCCCUCCUUCAGAGUUGCAGGCUGUCUCUCCCGUGUGGAGGGACCACCGUGCCUCAGUCAGGCCCUGGUGGUGGGCAUUUGGGUUUUUUCCAGUCCAUGGUAUUAGUAGGAGCUUAUCUGUCUGGAUUUUUCCAGUGUAUCUGUGGGAAAUCUUUCUAAAGAUGGGGUUGCUGAGUCCACAUGUAAACGCAUGUGAAUCUGGAGGGGUACACUACCAUCCACCCCCCACCCACCCCCGACAAAGGUGGUAGGUACCGUUUUUUCUUCCCCUGGCACCUGUUUCCCCUGAGCUUUGCCAGCAGCGUCCAUAUAUUGUCAGACUUUCGUGGUUUUGCCCGUCUGGCACAUGAGGAAUGGUAUCUCAGUGGUGUUAAUCACAUUUCUCCUUUUGUAAGCAAGAUGGAACAUUUUUCAAGAAUUGAAGAGCCAUUUGCCUUUCUUUUGAUAAUUAUCCCUUCUCGCUAGCUGGUUACUUUAGCAUUUGUUAUAUAUUUGAGAUACCAACUUGUCUGAGACGUGUUUCAAAUACCUCCAGUUUUUACCCUGAAAAAGCGUUUCUUACACGUUUCUAUAUAAUCAAAUGUAUUAACCUUUGUACUUUAUUGCUUCUUUUCUGAGUCAUAAUUAUUAGGGAUGUUUCCCCCUCUCCCAGGUUGUAGACAGAUUCACCCAGAUUUUCUGCUGGUACUUUUAUGGUUUCAUUUCUUACAGUGAAGAGUGAAUUCGAUUUCCUCUUCGUCUGUGUGGUUGUCUGCUCUCCCCACACCUGAUUCAGGAGUCUGUCUUUCCUCGUUGGUGGCGGUGGCUGCCUCUCAGGUACAGUCAGUUUCCUCAUGCCGUUGGGCCUCGCCUGAUGGGUUUCCUGUUUUGUUCCGUCAGUCCGAUUGCUUAUUGAUGAGCCGGAGCCUGCUUUGGAUGUAAAGGCUUUGUUGUGAAAACAUUUGACUCCAGUACCUUGUGUUGGUUUUAGUGUCCAGAUUGAAGGGAAAUGGUAGUCAAUCAUGUUCAGGCCUCAUUUUUCCUCAAACUUAAUCUGCCUCAACUACCUGGGCAUCAUGGUAAAUGAACCAACCUUCUUAAUCGUUGUUCUGCUUGUAAUAGGUGUGAUUAUAAGCAAAUUGGAGAUCCCUCGUAAGCUCUGUAAUACAUCACUAUAUGCAGGCUCUGUGUACAACACAGUCAUCACCACCAUCGUUAAAAGGCUUCAGAAAUUAAGUUCAAGCAAAUUACUGUAAUGAAUGCAUAUGCACCAUCAGACAUAUCAACGCUGUAUGUUUUCAUUUUGCCCACUGCCUUCCCCCCUGAAGAUCACAUGUGCCCACUGCCCUGUCAUGAGAAAUUGCUCUUAACUUUUUGCCUUAGUUUUUUUGUGUUUUUUUUGUUUUGUUUUUUGGGCGGGGCCGCGCAGCCUAUAGGACCUCAGUUCCCCGACCAGGGAUUGAACCUGGGCCCCGGCAGUGAAAGCCCAGAAUCCUAACCACGAGGCCACCAGGGAACUCCCUGCUUUAGUUUAAAUUGCACUAUUUUAAGCAGCGCUUUGUUGAAAAUUUCAUAAUACAAUUGAUUAUUGUGACUUUAAACUCUAUCCUUGGAUAAUGCUUCUUGAACAAUGUAGAUAAUUCAGCUAUUCUGUACCUCUCAUGGCCCCCCUUCCCCCUCCCAGCUCAGAUAAGGGGGUCCCCUGAUAUUUAGAGGGUGGAAACCGUCUAAAUGGAAAAAUAACGCAGUGGAAAACAAUGGUUUUUGAAGGUGUACCAUUUACAAACGUGGUACAUUUGCAGGUUGACAGCACUUGUGUGCCUUUGACAAUACAGAAACAAUAGCGCGUGUCACCUGCUUUCAAGCAUAGAAUCGGUGGGUGGGUGUCAACAACGGUGCCCCUGUUCCUGAGUGGACCCAUGGCACCUUAACUCCACCUGACCUGGACCCCUGGUUGCCAGUUACUGAUCUGCUCUUUUAUUCCGGUGAAAUCCUGUGCUUUCCUUUUUGUGUGGAAGCCUCUGUUCUGGAUCUCUGGUUUCUGCCCUUUUCAUUGCAAGAACAUUCAUGUCUGGGCCUCUGUGCUGCACAGUCCCCGGUCGGGUGAUGCCCGGCCUUAGCGGGUAAGUGCGGCGACCCUGAUUUAAUUCCAGGGCGAGGCUGGACAGCGUUUUGGUGUCCGUGCUCCCAUGAGAGCUGUGCUAUCCAGAACACGGUUGUUUGAUCUGAAAUUCACAGGCUCCUUGGGGUUGCCGUAUGCUUGUCCCGUCACCAGGUUACGUUUGCCAGACAUCUGGGUGCAGACGGUGUGCUUUUCUCUCCCUUCGGGCUCUUUCGCUGGCUGGUUCUAAAUGCUCGGAAAAUUCUAGAGGGUGCGAACCUCAUUUCCUCCUGCCAAGCUCGAGCUUUGCACCUCGAGUUUCUCUCCCUCCAUGUGUUUCACGCUCUUUGAAUACUUCGGCGAUGCAGUUGUGGGGUAACUCAGACCUUAGUUCCGUCCUCUCUGUGACUGUACAGUGUCAGACGUGCCAAAGUCCAUGCCUUCACUCUUGUGCCCUCUCCACCCCUGGCCCAGAACCCACCGCCCUGUCGGCCCCUCUUACCUGCUGGCGCUGAGCUUUCCGGGGUUUUCCACAUUUCCACCGAACUCCUUGACUCCUGGUCUGCUCUGGAAAGAAGUAAGGAGGAGCGCUCGCCAGCCUCAGAGGAACCUCCUCUCCCCAUGGCCUGGCGUCCCCUGGCUCUCCUGCUGCAGGAAGGGUGCCCUCACCCCUGAGGACGCACUGGAGCUCCAGGCGCCCCUCCCAGAGGUCCAUGCCCUGCCAGCCCUGCAUCCUGACCCCGGCUUGGUCUCAGACCCGCCCGAUCGUGUCGGUCCUUAUUCUGAUGGCGCACGGUGGCCUUGACUCUCGCUCCCUCUAAGUCAGGUGCCCAGUUCCAUGAUUCGCCCCGGAAGUUACCCCUCCUCGGUCAGACCCCCCGGCUGGCCUGACUCAGGGCUCCUUCCUGGUGGCUGGCGGCUGCCUGGCCUCCCCCGAGUUUGGGUCUGUCCCUCCUUCCAGGCUCCUGCCAGGCCAGCCUUCCUAAGGCCCCUGUAACCCUGUAACGAAUUCAGCCUGACUUUCCUGGUCAGCGUUUCCUGCUCUGCCCCGAACUUGAACUUGACUUUCUGACCCUCAACAUCCCAGGCAGGGUUUGCUCUCUUCUGGGGCCACAUACGCACUUCCCUGCAUCCCGGGGACCCUCGUGCUUCUUGCCGCGGGGGCCUCACUGGCCUCCUGUCAUCCUCCUGUGUCUGCUUUUUAUCGGGGAGGUAGUUACCAGUGCAUCUCCCUGAACCCCUUCACCGCCGGGAGCUCCUGGGCGCGGCUCGGGUCGGCUGUCGCUUUAAGCUGACGCCCCGCAUGCGGACUUACAGCUCUCCUCGUCUGUUCUCAUCUAAUACCUGAGCUCUCUCUUCUGUUCGUGGUGGGUUCACCCGAAGCCACAUGCUCUGUCGGGGCGUUAUUCUCGAUUUUACACUGUUCCUCAAAACACCCCAGUGACCACUGUGCUUGUCGAUUGGCCAUCGAUUUAAAAGUAGAAUCAGCAGAUUAACAUGUCAGUGUCUAUUCAGUUCUGAUAAAGAAUUAUUCUCCAAAAGUGUUCCUCAUACCAAACCAACACUUGGUGCUGUUAGUCUGAAACCUUUGGCCAAUCUGAUGGGUGUAAGUUGGUUUUUUACUUUUUUUUUUUUUUUUAAAUUUCUGUUCCCCUGGUUACUAAGGAAUAUGGGAAUCUCUUCAGGAAUUUGUUAGCUAUUUGCAUUUUGUUUUCUGUGAAUUACUGAUGCAUAUCCUUUGUUUUUCUCUUGAGUUAGUCUUUUUCGGAAUGAUUUUAAGAGACUUUUAAGGGUGGAAAGGAAAUACUGAAGGGGAAGGAAUGUGUUUCCUUAGUAGGAGAUGCACUCUCUCUCUCUCUCUCUCUCACACACACACACACACACACACACACACUCUCACUCUCUCUCUAAGGCUCACUGCUCUGUCAUCUUGACAGGGUUUUGGUUGGUGCUACUGACGUGACGAGAGCCAAUAUUUUAAGUGUGAAGCAGAACCAAACAAGUGUUGUACGUACAAGUGGCCCCUGCAGGAGGUGCCCCAGAUUGUGUCAGGCAAGAGCACAGCGUGGACACGCAUGUGUGAUCCCACCUGAUACCCAUUUUCUCUUUUUAUAAAUUUAUUUAUUUUACUUUUUUUGGCUGUGUUGGGUUUUCGUUGCUGCACAUGGGCUUUCUCUAGUUGCGGUGAGCGGGGGCUACUCUUCAUUGUGGGCGGGCUUCUCAUUGCGGUGGCUUCUCUUGUUGCAGAGCACGGGCUCUAGGCGUGUGGGAUUCAGUAGUUGUGGCGCACGGGCUCAGUAGUUGUGGCACGUGGGCUCAGUAGUUGUGGCUCACAGGCUCUAGAGUGCAGCCUCAGUAGUUGUGGCGCACGGGCUUAGCUGCUUCGUGGCAUGUGGGAUCUUCCUGGACCAGGGCUCGAACCCAUGCCCCCUGCAUUGGCAGGUGGAUUCUUAACCACUGUGCCACCAGGGAAGCCCCUGAUACCCAUUUUCAAGAACAGCCUACUUUGGAGGAAAAGAGCUAGGUUUGUACUUGAUUAAGUGCAAUACAUUUCACUCUUUGUAACCAUGGAAAAUUUAGGAGGGUCAGUGAUUUCAUAGGCUUAGGAAGUUUGCUCCUAUCGUAUAUUUGAGAUACUUUCCAUUGUUUUAAAGUACUGUCUGUAUUUCUCUGUCUCUCUCCCUCUCCCCACUUCUCUGUUGUGUAAUAGAAACCGUUUUUCUACUGUAGGAAUAUCUUAUCAUUUGCAGGCAAUAGCAUGCUGUUUUUUGUUUUUAUUGAAGUAUAGUUGAUUUACAUACCAUGUUUUUAAAGGUGUCUUAUGUCAAGCACUUUGAAAACUGACUUAAAAUGGAUUGACUUCACUGGGUGAAUGUGAAUUUUCAUAAACCCCAGUAUCUGUGGACUCUAUCCAGCUCAUUUGGAAAUUUCGUUUAGUGCUUUAUGUACAAAAUAGAUGAACCGUGGUUGACUAUGGAAGUUAUCGUUGACAAACACUUAACAGCUCUCUGUUUUCAGUUGCGAGAUUGCUUGUAUCCCUGCAUCAGAGAGAACGUGUAUCCAGAAUUAGACUUGAACUCUGAACAGAGACAGUUCUGGAUAGGAAGCCUUGUAGAGUGCCCGGCACACAGCAUGUUUGCCACGGUGGCCGGGAUAUCUCAGCGCGCGCCCGUGCACUGGUCAGAGAACGUGGUUGGGGCAGCCGUCUGCUUCCCAUACGUCAUUGCCCUCGACAGCGAGUUCAUCACCGUUCACAGCAUGCUGGACCAGCAGCAAAAGCAGACCCUGCCCUUUAAGGAAGGUCACAUCCUCCAGGAUUUUGAAGGAAGACUGAUCGUCGCCACGAGUAAAGGAGUUUACGUCUUGGUUCCAUUACCUCUGGAAAAACAAAUACAGGAUCUUCUAGCAAGCCGGAGAGUGGAGGAGGCUCUGGUUCUAGCAAAAGGCGCCCGGAGGAACAUUCCGAAGGAAAAAUUUCAGGUCAUGUACCGGCGGAUCCUGCAGCAGGCGGGCUUCAUACAGUUUGCGCAGCUUCAGUUCCUGGAGGCUAAAGAACUCUUCAGAAGCGGCCAGCUCGACGUGCGGGAGCUGAUCUCCCUGUACCCCUUCCUGCUGCCCACGUCCUCCUCGUUCACCCGGUCCCACCCUCCUCUGCACGAGUUUGCAGACCUCAACCAGCUGACCCAGGGCGACCAGGAGAAGGUGGCCAAGUGCAAGCGCUUCCUCAUGAGCUACCUGAACGAAGUCCGCAGCACGGAGGUGGCCAACGGCUACAAGGAGGACAUCGACACGGCCCUGCUCAAGCUGUACACGGAGGCUGACCACGACAGCCUGCUGGACCUCCUGGUCACCGAGAACUUCUGUCUGCUCACCGACAGCGCCGCCUGGCUGGAGAAGCACAAAAAGUACUUUGCACUGGGGCUGCUCUAUCAUUACAACCACCAAGACGCUGCUGCCGUUCAGCUGUGGGUGAGCAUCGUCAACGGGGAUAUUCACGACUCCACGCGCUCAGACCUGUACGAGUACAUCGUGGAUUUCCUCACCUACAGCCUCGACGCAGACCUCGUGUGGCAGUAUGCCGACUGGGUCUUGCAGAAAAAUCCGGAGGUUGGAGUUCAAGUUUUCACCAAGAGACCUGUGGACGAACAGCAGAGUAGAUUUAACCCAGAUGAUAUCAUCAGUUGCCUUAAGAAAUACCCGCAAGCCCUGGUCAAGUACCUAGAACAUCUGGUCAUGGACAGGAGACUGCAGAAGGAGGGGUACCACACGCACUUAGCCGUCCUCUACCUGGACGAGGUGCUGCAGCAGAGGCCCAGCGCCAGUGGCAAGGAUGCAGAAGUGACCGAGACGCAGGCGAAGCUACGACGCCUGCUCCAGCAAUCCGAUUUGUACCAAGUCCACUUUCUGCUGGACAGGAUCCGGGGCGCCGGGCUCCCCAUGGAGAGCGCCAUCCUGCUCGGGAAGCUGGAGCAGCACGAGGAGGCCCUGCGCAUCCUGGUCCACGAGCUGGCCGACUUCCCAGCAGCGGAGGGCUACUGCCUGUGGUGCUCCGAGGGCCGGGCCCCGCCCUACCGCCGGCGGCUCUUCCAGCUGCUGCUGGCCAUCUACCUGGGCCCCGGCCCCUCUGCGCCCGAGCUGGCCGUGGCCGCCGUGGACCUCCUGAACCGCCGUGCCACCGAGUUCGACGCGGCCCAGGUCCUGCAGCUGCUGCCGGGCACGUGGUCGGUGCAGCUGCUCUGCCCGUUCCUGACGGGGGCCGUGAGGGACAGCGUCCACGCCCGGAGGACCACUCAGGUGGCUAUGGGCCUGGCCAAGUCCGAAAACUUGAUCUACAAGUACGACAAGAUGAAGCUGAAAGGAAGCUCAGUUCGGCUCUCGGACAAAAAGCUUUGCCAGAUGUGCCGAAACCCCUUUUGCGAGCCCGUGUUUGUUAGGUAUCCCAACGGUGGUCUCGUCCAUACCCACUGUGCGGCCAGCAGGCACACGAACCCCAGCUCCCCCAGCCCCGGGGCUCGGACUUGAAGAGGCUGGGCCGAGGGCGCCUUACCAAGCCGGCCAGGUGCACAGAGUAGGCGGCCGCGUCAGCCGCCAUCUGGUGCCGGGGGGCUUCAGUCGUGGGAAAUGGGAUGCGGCCGACCCCCUGCAUCGGAUGGAAAUGGAUAAUCCCCGAAAUAGAGACAGGCCAGAUUCACCCGUCCAGGGACAUCGCCACCCAAAACAGAUGUCUGCUCUGAAAGGAAAUGAGCCUUCCUGUGCCACCCGGACAAACCAGACCCCGCACCCCGAGCCCCGAUCUGUAGACAUGUAUUUGCACUGGAAACGUUUGCUCCGGUGGCACGGAGGG